CACUAACGAUUUUCACUAUUUGACAUGGGCAUCGACUUUGAUCAUCGGCUGAGAGAAUUUUGCCGCGUUGUAUUUGCAUCCCAAUGGGUUCCUGAGUCGACCAGAAUAAAAAUAGAAGAUCUUCAAGCUCAUACUCAAUGCACGCAGACAAUUCGACCGAGCCGCCGAGGUCCACUCCAGUGCAUUGAGCGUCGUCCCCUCGUAGUGAUCGUCCCCAGGGGACCUAGAGAGGACUACAGCACAGUUCAGCAGUGUGCUCUAUAAUACGAUGUUUGUCUGCAGGAGCGGUCGAGCAGUGCUAUCACGCUCGUUUUCUCUGUACGUCUGUUACUUUUAAUUUUCGACACGAUGCUUUUCUCACGCUCGCUUUUGCAUCUUUUGCCACUAGUCUGCUUUAUCUCGGCGUUGCCUACCGACGAUGCGAGAAACGUGCAUUCGAGGCGGAAUGGGACGGCCGGGGGCGUUUACUAUGGCGUUACAAGCGCUGAACAUGAGGAGCGUAGCAAGAGCUUGAAGGCAGGGGGUUAUCGAGUCAUAUCACUAAGUGCCUUCGGGACGCCUCCGGACGUCAAGUAUGCGGCUGUCUGGACCAAGGCUGAAGGUGCAGAGUUCGAAACCAUCGCGAGCGCUGACGAGGAUGCCUUCAACGCCUGGUACGAAGAGUGGAAGGGCAAGGGAUAUGUGUCGACGCAUGUGGCCGCCACUGGGCCCGCCGAGGAGGCAGUCUUCGCUGGUGUGAUGGAGCGAUCGAACAUCACGGAAGUCCAGAAAUGCGGCAUGGAUACUCCGUAUGCAUAUGAGAAUGUCACAAUGGACAUCAAUGUCAUCGUCAGAGGCGUGAGUGUUUACGGUUCGCCUUCCAACCGCCGAUUCUGCAUCGUCGGCCAUGAGAACAUCGGGAACAGGAAGCAGUCGACGCACUAUCAGACGACUUAUUUCACGAUCGACUAUCAGAAGAUGUACGAUGCGGAGAUUCAGAAGCGCUUUUGGAGGCCGACAUACCUCGAUGUCAGCAACGAUCACCUCAUCUCAUCCUUGUUCGAGGACACCAGUGUCGGGAAGUGGGUGUCGAAGGUCGGUCUGACUGAGGCUCAACUUACUGCUGAGAUCCACACUCAGACAGCCAGUGGGCUCUCUCUGGUCCACCUUCAAGGCGGGGGUGAGGGUGACGAUGUGCUCUACACCGCGAUCUUCGCCGAGAAAACCGAGCCCCUUUCCCAGAACUGGAACGCCAACGGCAAGAUGACUGGCUUCGAAGACAACACCGCUUUGACCUCAUCGCUCGACACCACCAUGAGAGACUGGAUGACACGCAACGGCAUCCGUCAGGCCCAGGUAGCUGUUGCGCGCGAAGGCAAACUCCUCGGAGAACGCGCCUACACCCUCGCCGAAAGCGACCGCGCCGUCGCUUCGCCCUCCGACAAAUUCCUCCUCGGCAGCGUAAGCAAAAUGUUCACCCACGCCGCGACCCAGCGCCUCAUCGACGACGGCCUGCUCAACCUCACAACCACCGUGUACCCGCUCCUCGGAUACAACCCUGCCGACCCCCGCGCAAACAACAUCACGGUCGAGCACCUCGUCUCCCACACCGCAGGCUACGAUCGAUCGGUCUCUGGGGAUAUUGCCUUCAUGUUCCGCUCCGUCGCGCAGUCCAAGAACAGCUCCACCCCGCAGACCCUCCGCGACAUGAUCGAGUACAUGGUCGAGCGGCCGCUGGACUUCACGCCCGGCGACGGCGGAUACGCGUACUCGAACUUUGGAACCAUGCUGCUGAGCUACAUCGUCGCGAAUCUAACGGGCACGCCGUACAUGGACUUCCUCAAGGAGCGCGUGUUCAGCGAGGGGAUCGAGGCGGAGCUCUUCGCUACGGCUGCGGAGACGCAUUUCAACGACCGCAUUGUGCAGGAGACGAAGUUCACUGGGUUGAGUCCCCUGUUUCCGCAGGAGGAGGUCCUUGUGCCGGCUACCGCAGGUGGAGACGGCGAUAUCAAGGAGGAGGUUGUGGGGUCUUUUGGGCUGAGGGCGUCGGCGAGUACGAUUGCAAAGUUCAUUGGGAAUAACGCUGUCUGGACGAUCGGCGGCCGGGACUGGAUGGCGUCUCGCGAUGGGAGCGUGGCGGGCGCGCGGGCGUAUGCGCGCAGUGAGGGGCAGGAGAACUAUGACUGGGCUGUUCUUCUCAAUUCGCGGGAUUUUGGGUCGGAGGAGGAGUGGAAUGGGUUGGUGUAUACCACGCUGCCUGAUAUUUGGGCUGCGAAUAAGAUUGCCGAGGCGUGAAUAAGGGGAAUAACGACAAAGCGCCCGAGGCCGACGGGGAGAAUACCGCUCCAGCUUCUGCGCGAAGAGCACAG